GUUAGCAGCAGUGUCCUGAAGUCUUCAAACCAUCAGCAAGUUCACACCGCUGCUUAAUGUAUUUUAGUAAAUUUAGUCUUUUCCCUCUAUACAUUUAAACGCCAUUAAUCAGGAAUUAAGUAGAUUGAGUAGGUAUUUUCACCUCGUUCAAGUCUCAGGAGAAAUAGACCAAUUUAAUUCAAUUUAAGCAGAAAUACUUUAAGAAGCUCCUGAAAGUGUCUAGGUCAAGGAUAGUAUGGAGAGAAUAAACAGUCACGAAAACAUUGCCUAUUCCACGCCAAAGAAAAACGCGCCAAAUGUCGUUUUGAACUUUGAGACACAACUCGACGAUAGUGGAAUUAGUGCUCGUAGCAGCAACGAUUCGGGCCUUACUGAUCAUCUUGAGAUGGCAGAUACAGCUAAUUCAAAAGCUGCACUUAAACUCGAUGAGCACAGCCCAGUCCCAAACCGAAAGGGCUUCACUCAAGUCAUGAUAGCCAAGUUUGAAGACUCUCCUGAGUCAAGCAAGUUCAGUGAGACAUGGAAGCGACAUGGUUUCAGCAUCACCAUGGUCAUCCUUACCACCCUUCUCCUCAUUUAUAGCAUUGUAGCCAUUAUCAUCAGUGGGUUUGAAAAAGUCAAGAUCCUCUUUGCCAUCACCAUGUUUCUGUGGUUCUGUCUCAUCUACAUGUUCAUCUCUGCCCACUGGGGCUCAGCCAUCUACAGAGCUCUUUUCAAGCCGAUUGCCAGAGUAAUCCAGGGACAGUGGUAUUGGUUGAAAUGGGUUUGUAUUGUGGUUAUCUUGGCUCUCCUUGCCUUGUUUCUUGGAUUGGAUAAUCACGAUGAACCUGAGCGCUUGAUAUCUCUUGCUGGCCUCUGUGUUAAUAUUCUAGUCUGUUGGCUCUUUUCCAAGAACCGCAGAAAGAUCCGCUGGCGUCCAGUGUUCUGGGGUCUUGCCCUCCAGUUUAUCUUUGGCCUGCUCAUUCUACGUACCCCGCAAGGGUUCUCUGUCUUCAACUUCUUUGGCAGGAACAUUCAGGCCUUCUUAGAUUUUACAAAUGAAGGAGCCAAGUUUGUGUUUGGGGACCCGACGUAUCUCGACCAUUUCUUCGCCUUCAAGGUUCUCCCAGUCAUAAUCUUCUUCAGUUCUUUCAUCUCUGUCUGUUAUUACAUCGGUAUCAUGCAAGUCAUCAUCAAGAAACUGGCAUGGCUUAUGCAGGUUACCAUGGGAACGAGUGCUGUUGAGUCUCUGAAUGCAGCUGGAAACAUCUUUGUGGGCCAGACGGAGGCGCCACUGCUUGUACGCCCAUUCUUAAGCCAUGUGACCAUGUCCGAACUCCAUGCUAUUAUGACCGGUGGCUUUGCUACUAUUGCGGGCGGUGUGUUGGCGGCAUAUAUCGAGUUUGGCGUUUCUGCUUCUCACCUGCUGAGUGCAUCAGUAAUGUCUGCUCCUGCUGCGCUAGCCAUCUCCAAGCUGCUUUACCCAGAAACUGAGACACCGGAGACUAUAGAAGAAGCCAUUGACCUCCCAGAAGGUGGUGAACGUAAUGUCAUUGAAGCUGCAGCCAAGGGCGCCAGUACAGCCAUCGCCCUGGUAGCUAAUGUUGCUGCAAACCUGAUUGCCUUUCUGGCCUUCCUGGCAUUCUUUAAUGCCAUGCUUUCCUGGCUUGGCUCCAUGGUUGGACACCCUGAGCUAAGCUUUGAGUUCAUCUGUUCCUAUGUCUUGCGUCCUGUUGCCUACUUGAUGGGUGUUCAGUGGAAAGAUUGUGAUGUGGUAGCAGAGCUUCUUGGCAUCAAGACGUUCUUGAAUGAGUUUGUUGCUUACAUCCGGUUGUCUGCUCUGAUCAAGAACAGGACACAUUUGCAACCAGGUCGCACAAUAUCUAUCCGCUCAGAAAUCAUUAGCACAUAUGCACUGUGCGGGUUUGCAAACUUUAGUUCGAUUGGCAUCCAAAUUGGGGGCCUGGGACCGAUGGCACCUACCAGGAUCCGUGACAUGGCCAAGAUUGCAAUGCGGGCACUGCUGGCUGGAACAAUUGCUUGCUUUAUGACAGCUUGCGUAGCUGGAGUGUUGUAUGACGAGUCGCUGUACGAGGGUGCGGUCGCUAUUGGCACACUCGCCCCUAACGUGACAGCCACGAUAGCCUCCAAUCUCACAACAAUAGCGCCUACAACCGCGUGAGAAUAUUCCUGGGAUCCAGUUCUGGUGGUACCGUAUCUCUAGCAAAUGCACCAGGGUUAAAGUACGUGCACGGGUUUAGCUAGUGAAUUCAAGAGUUGGCCUUCACACUUCUCCGGAAGAUUUCAGUCUAAAUCAAGGUCCUGCCAGAGCAAGUCAGGGUUCAGACACAUUAGGGCAGAUUAACUCACCGAUUUGGCGGCCCGAUUGUAAGACAGAGUAUUCUUCGGGCCACUGCUUUGCUCUGUGAGGAUAUAAAUCUGACAUCAAGUUCAGAAAAUUGUCCUGAAAAAAGGGGGAGUUUAUCACCUUGAAAUAUUGAUCUCGGGCUAUUUUUAAGUGAGCUUUUUCCACUGAGAACAAUCCACGAUAAAAGUUAUUUCUCUAGAUUUCUUUCUCCACGAGCUGGAGUGAGUCAUUUUUCAGCUAGUUUUAGUGACAGUUACAUCUAACAGACGAAACGCACAAAUAUGCGUUAAUUUAUGCAUUUUCUGACACCAUCGAUUACUUUUCAACAUCAAAUUUACAUCGCAAUAAUUCAUGCUAAAAUAAUCAAGGACAUAACAGAUCUCCCAAGUUUUUACCCUAGGGUUUCAAUUCUUAGAAGUGGUAUUUUCUAUUGGGUCGGGGGAGGGUGCGAGAUAAAUGUGUAUAUAUUAAUAGUCUAAACAGUUUUUUUUAUUGGUGUCUGAAUUGAAAUGUGUAUUACGAGCUGCCUGAAAUCCCAGUUAUUUAUAUUUUAUGUUUGACACUUCUUAAAAGUGCCGGGCCUUAUUCAACAACGGCCAACAUUGGUUAUAGAAACAAUGGCUUUCUGUCGGCAAACUUCACGAGGUUUCGCGAAAAUUUCCUGUAUUUUGGGAGUUUUGUUACAAUUGCUUCCUGGUAAGUUUUAGCGCCUUACACAUAGUCGUGUUUGUAAUAUAGAUAACUAAGUGAAAUCUAUUUAAUUGUAAAUAAAAUGUAGAAUAGUAUGAUAAUUUUUCUGUUGCUACAUGUAUGAAAGGCCACAUAAAAUAAUCGUUUAGCAUAGAGCCUCUAGGGUUCCUCACGUGAAGGGAAAAAAAUCUAUCAGCAAGGCGCUAAAGCUUAUCAAGGUAUAUUUAGAUAUAUUUAUUAACAUAAUAUUUUUCUUGAAUACUAAUAAACUUUAAUAUGAUACAA